AAUUCUGCAAGUAGUUCUGAUUUACUAUCGCUGUUCUCUAGUCAGUCUAAAACUGCUUUUGACCUAAAGGGACGCUUUUUGGACACCAUGGACUUUUCUAAGUUUCCAGGCAGAAAAAACAGUAAAAAUGCAGGCAGGGCACAGGACAAAGCACACGGGACAAAAUGUAUGUGAAAUGGUUUGAUACAUGUAUUGAGUGAAUGUCACGUUUAAAAUGUUUCAUUUUCCACCGGUUCUGGCCCCCGUACGUCCCGUACGUCCCGGGAACGGAAGACGGAUGCGGUCAUUGGCCGGAGGAGAUGGCCGGGGACGCUGCAGUGGGGACAU